CGUUUUUUGUGGACUGCGUGGUGCCAAGCAUUAAACAACAACAAAUUAAAUAUAGGCAACGCAAAAGAAAGUGCAUUACAAAUCGAAUUGAGAAAACAAGCUAUUGAAUUCCGUCGAGUGCUUCAAGUGGUAUUUCAUAUUCCAUUCGUCGCGGUCCCUGGGCAAGAGGCGAAGUUUUGAUUAGCGUGCUAUUUUUGUGGUGUCGCCUACAUUUGUUAAAUGUCGAGUGAGUGGGUCCGGAACCCGCACUAACGAUAACAAUUCAUCUCAUCGACGUCAUCGUUUCUGCUUUAUCUCAAAAUGAUUGUCAUCAAUACGUCCGACACGGGUCUAACCCUAACGCCCGAAAUGCUGCUCUCUACCUCCGAGUCAUCGACGCACAGCGCCUCUGAGGUAGCGGGACGUCUGCAGGUUGAUGUGCGCACCGGCUUGAAGUGGACUGAGGCGAAAUAUCGUGCCAAGAUCAUUGGGCACAAUGAGCUCAAUGUCAUCGAGGAGGAUCCCACCUGGAAGAAGUACAUUGAGCAGUUCAGGAAUCCUCUGAUUCUGCUGCUGCUGGGCUCUGCGCUCGUCUCGGUCAUUAUGAAACAGUUCGACGAUGCCGUCAGCAUAACCAUUGCCAUUCUCAUUGUGGUGACGGUGGCCUUCAUACAGGAGUACCGCUCCGAGAAGAGUCUCGAGGAGCUGAAGAAGCUGGUGCCGCCAGAGUGCCACUGCCUGCGCGAGGGUCGCCUCGACACGUUCCUGGCUCGCGAGCUGGUGCCCGGCGAUGUGGUUUACCUAAAUGUGGGCGAUCGGGUGCCCGCCGAUGUGCGUCUCUUCGAUGCCGUCGAUCUCUCGAUUGACGAGAGCAGCUUCACUGGCGAAACGGAGCCGGCGCGCAAGAUAACCGAUGUCCUGCUGAACAACACGAACGUCAAGGAUCACAGCAACAUGAAGAACAUCGCGUUCAUGGGCACCCUGGUGCGCUGUGGCAACGGCAAGGGCAUCGUGGUCAGCACCGGCGAGCGCAGCGAAUUCGGCGAGGUCUUCAAGAUGAUGCAGGCCGAGGAGGCGCCCAAGACGCCGCUGCAGAAGUCUAUGGACAUCCUGGGAGCCCAACUGAGCUUUUACUCGUUUCUCAUCAUUGGCGUCAUCAUGCUGCUCGGCUGGCUGCAGGGCAAGCCGCUCUCCGAGAUGUUCAAUAUCAGCGUCUCGCUGGCCGUGGCCGCCAUACCCGAGGGUCUGCCCAUUGUGGUCACCGUCACCCUGGCCCUGGGCGUUAUGCGCAUGGCCAAGCGGAACUCGAUUGUCAAGAAACUGCCGACGGUGGAGACGCUGGGCUGCGUCAAUGUCAUCUGCUCGGACAAGACGGGCACGUUGACCAAAAACGAAAUGACCGCCACAAUCAUCAUUACCUCCGAUGGCUACAUGGCGGACGUGACUGGCGCCGGCUACAACGACCAGGGCGAAAUCCACAUUCGGCACUGCAACAACGUAGAGAUGGCCAAGACGAACAUCACGAACCUCCUCGAGAUUGGCGCCGUCUGCAACAAUGCGUACAUCCAGAACGGCACGCUCCUCGGCCAGCCGACAGAGGGCGCCCUGGUGGCGGUUGCCAUGAAGAACGGCAUGUAUGCCACGGCCGAGAACUACGUGCGCAUCCAGGAGUAUCCCUUCAGCUCCGAGCAAAAGAUGAUGGCCGUCAAGUGCAUACACAAGUACAACAACAACAAGGAGGAGAUCUUUUUCGCCAAGGGCGCCCUGGAGACCCUGCUGCCCCAAUGCACCAAAUACCAAUUUGGCACCCAGACGGUGCCGCUCACCAAACAGAACGAGGCCGAGUUCCUGGCCGAGGCCUAUGAGAUCGGGCGCAAGGGUCUGCGCGUGCUGGCCCUGGCCAAGGGCAAAUCGAUGCAGGAUCUAAUCUAUUGCGGCCUGGUGGGCAUCACCGAUCCGCCGCGUCCCCUGGUCCGCGAGUCCAUUGAGCUGCUGAUGCAGAGCGGCGUGCGCGUCAAGAUGGUCACCGGCGAUGCCCAGGAGACGGCAAUGGCUAUCGCUAGUCUCAUUGGCAUUGAUACCAUUCACCACCAGACGCUCUCCGGACAGGAAAUCGAUCAACUGAACGAGCAUCAGCUGGACAAGGUGGCCAACAAUGUCAGCGUCUUCUAUCGCGUCUCGCCGCGCCACAAGCUCGAGAUUGUCAAGUCGCUGCAGCGCACCGGCAAUAUUGUGGGCAUGACCGGCGAUGGCGUCAACGACGGCGUCGCUCUCAAGAAGGCGGACAUUGGCAUUGCAAUGGGCAAGAACGGCACCGACGUGUGCAAGGAGGCCGCUGACAUGAUCCUGGUCAAUGACGAUUUUCACACAAUUAUCGCUGCCAUUGAGGAGGGCAAAGGCAUCUUCUAUAAUAUUAGGAACUUUGUACGAUUUCAGUUGAGCACCUCGAUUGCGGCGCUGGCAUUGAUCGCGCUGGCCACGUUGAUGGACAUUGCCAAUCCACUGAACGCAAUGCAGAUACUCUGGAUCAAUAUCAUCAUGGAUGGACCGCCGGCACAGUCGCUGGGCGUGGAGCCCGUCGAUCAUGAUGUGCUCAAGCAGAAGCCGCGCAACGUCAAGCAGCCGAUGAUCACCAAGUCUGUGGUGGUCAAUGUGCUGCUGAGCGCCAGCAUCAUUGUGCUGGGCACUCUGUGGGUGUUCCAGCGCGAGAUGGCCGACGGCACGCUGGGCAAGACGAAGCGGGAUACGACCAUGACAUUCACGUGCUUUGUGUUCUUCGACAUGUUCAAUGCGCUCUCCUGUCGCUCGCAGACGAAGAGCGUCUUCACCAUUGGGCUGACCACCAAUCGGAUGUUCCUGCUGGCCGUUGCCUUCUCGAUCAUUGGCCAAAUGCUCGUCGUCUACUUUCCGCCGCUCCAAAUGGUAUUCCAAACGGAGGCGCUCACCGCCUACGACAUACUCUUUUUGGUCACGCUCACCUCCUCUGUGCUCGUUGUCUCUGAGAUAAAGAAGUGGUUCGAGCGCUCCCUGGAGCGCAAAAUGUACAGCACCCGAUCCGAGUUGGACUUUGUAUGACAAAACGCAAGCGCUAGAGCUGAGUUGCACCCAAAAGCCGAGUAAAUUAAUCAAUAACAAAACAAAAGAAAGAAAAAAAAAACCACAAAAAAAUAGCAAAACUAUGCAAAAACCAAGUGAGGAGCGUGGCAGCGUAAACGGAAGCGAACAGCGAAAGAGACCGAGCGGAAUUUAGCGAGAAAAGUGUGUUUAAUUUUACAUUUGACUUAGUCAGCGCCAAAUAAAACUACCAACCCAUCCACAAAUUAGCAAACAACUAAAAUUUAAAAAAAAAAUCAACAAAUUAGAGUGAACGGUAAAAAUCACACA